AUGGCUGACUCCUUGAACAUGAACGGUCUUUCCUUGAACGACUCCAAGCAUGGUCCACCUGCUGGCAUGCCUGGUGGCCGUGCCUAUAUUCCACCACACCUACGUGGCCAGAUCUCUCGUGGCCCUCCAAUGAACAACUUUGACGGUGCUGGUGCUGGUGUAGGUGCUGCCGCUGGUCCUACGCCAGCAGGUGCUGCUGCCGCCAAUGCUCAAGGCUUGAAUGGCAGUGCUUGGGCAACUAAUACCAAUGGCAACUGGGCAAGUGCUCCCGAUUUCAAACCCGGUCCUGGAGGUCCUGGAGGCCCUGCAGGGCCUGCAGGCCCUGGUCCUGCACCUCAGAGCAAUGGCUGGGCUGGUCAUGCUCCGCGUACCUUCAACCCUAACGCUUACGGUGCCCCUGGGGGCGGCUCGUAUGGCGGCGGCGGCGGCGGCGGUAACUACGGCGGCGGUGCGGCUCGCGGUUCAGGAGAUGGACGAUGGCAAGACGGCCAACAUGUUCCCGGACCCGCAAACCCAAAACUCGAGCGAGAACUGUUCGGCGUCCCCAACGAUCCCACCAAGGCCCAUACCGGUAUCAACUUCGCCAACUACGACGACAUUCCCGUCGAAGCAUCUGGCCAUGAUGUUCCAGAACCUGUCAUCACUUUCACCAAUCCUCCUCUUGAUGACCAUCUAAUCACCAAUAUCAAACUUGCACGCUACAAUGUGCCCACACCUGUACAGAAAUAUUCGAUCCCCAUUGUCAUGGGCGGACGGGAUCUCAUGGCCUGUGCCCAGACCGGCUCUGGCAAGACAGGUGGUUUCUUGUUCCCAAUCCUCUCGCAAGCAUUCAAGACUGGCCCAUCCAGCUCACCUGCAUCCGGUGGUGGCUUCCGUCAGCGAAAAGCCUUCCCUACCUCCUUGAUUCUUGCACCCACCCGUGAGCUGGUCUCUCAGAUCUACGAUGAAGCACGCAAGUUCGCCUACCGUUCCUGGGUCCGACCUUGCGUUGUCUACGGUGGUGCUGAUAUUGGUACUCAACUCCGGUCCAUCGAGCGAGGAUGUGAUCUACUCGUUGCUACCCCUGGUCGUCUUGUGGACCUCAUAGAGCGAGGCCGUAUUUCAUUGGCCAACAUCAAGUACCUUGUCCUUGACGAGGCUGAUCGUAUGCUUGACAUGGGUUUCGAACCUCAAAUUCGUCGCAUUGUUGAGGGUGAAGAUAUGCCAACUGUGCAGAGCCGCCAAACCCUCAUGUUUUCAGCUACAUUCCCACGAGACAUCCAAAUGUUGGCACGUGACUUCCUCAAAGACUACGUGUUCCUGUCUGUCGGGCGUGUGGGAUCGACUUCGGAAAACAUCACCCAGAAGGUCGAGUACGUUGAGGAUAAUGAUAAGCGCUCUGUUCUGCUCGAUAUUCUUCACACUCAUGCCGGUGGUCUGACCUUGAUAUUCGUCGAAACCAAGCGCAUGGCCGAUACCUUGUCUGAUUUCCUGAUCAAUCAGGGAUUUCCUGCCACCGCCAUUCACGGCGAUCGUACCCAGCGAGAGCGUGAGCGAGCAUUGGAGUUUUUCCGGAAUGGCCGAUGUCCUAUCAUGGUUGCCACCGCUGUUGCGGCCCGUGGGCUGGAUAUCCCCCAUGUCACGCACGUUGUCAAUUAUGACCUUCCCACCGACAUUGAUGACUAUGUUCACCGCAUUGGUCGUACUGGUCGUGCUGGAAACACCGGUUUGUCAACUGCAUUCUUCAACCGCGGCAACCGUGGAAUCGUGCGCGACCUCAUCGAGUUGUUGAAGGAGGCCCAUCAGGAGGUCCCUAGCUUCUUGGAGAACAUUGCGCGUGAAAGCUCUGGAUUUGGUGGCGGGCGCGGAGGUCGCGGUGGUGGUGGCCGUGGGCGUGGCGGGAGCGGCGGCACUCGUGAUGUGCGUCGCGCUCCUGGAGGUGGUGGGAUGGGAGGCGCUCCUUCGUACGGUGGAGGCUUCGGCGGCGGCUCUUCUGGCGGCUAUGGCGGCGGCAGUGGCGGUGGUUAUAGCGGCGGCGGCGGCGGCGGAGCCCCUUACGGAGGUGGCUACGGCGGUGGCGGUUAUGGCGGUGGCGGUGGCAGCUAUGGCAACCCCGGUGGUGCCAGCGGCCCUUCGUCAUGGUGGUAA